AUGGCGCAAUCCAUCAAAAUGAUCCGUAACCCUAUAGCAGCAGCAGGCCUCCUCACUCUGGCUCUCCUCGCAGUAACCUUAUCAGUACUGCCGCAUUUCGCCGCCGCAGAGAACUGCGGCAGACAGGCCGGGAACGCGGUGUGUCCCGGCGGGCUGUGCUGCAGCCAGUUCGGGUGGUGCGGCAACACGAGGGAGCACUGCGAGAACAAUUGCCAAAGCCAAUGUACAGCUCCAUCCACCGGUGGUGGGGAUGUAGGAUCUAUCAUAACUCCCGCGCUUUUCGAGGAGCUGCUCAAGCACCGAAACGACGGCGCUUGCGAGGGCAGAGGAUUCUACACCUACAACGCCUUCAUCUCCGCCGCCAGGUCCUUCCCCGGGUUCGGCACCACCGGCGACGCCACCACCCGUAGGAAGGAGCUCGCCGCGUUCUUGGCUCAGACCUCUCACGAGACCACCGGAGGAUGGCCAACGGCACCGGACGGUCCAUUUGCAUGGGGAUACUGCUUCAUCAGGGAGAGACAACGCCUACAAUACUGUUCAUCCAACCAAUGGCCCUGCCCUGCCGGCAGGCAAUACUACGGCAGAGGCCCCAUUCAACUCACUCAUAACUACAACUACGGCCAAGCCGGCAGAGCAAUCGGGCAGGACCUGAUAAACAACCCGGACCUGGUCGCAACCAACGCCGAGAUCUCGUUCCGAACGGCGAUGUGGUUCUGGAUGACUGCUCAGUCGAACAAGCCGUCGAGCCACAGCGUGAUCGUCGGGCAGUGGACUCCGUCGGCGGCGGACAGCGCUGCGAACAGAGUCUCUGGCUACGGCGUCAUCACCAACAUCAUCAACGGCGGCCUGGAGUGCGGGCACGGCGCCGAUGAUAGGGUUGCAAAUCGGAUUGGGUUCUACCAGAGGUACUGUUCCAUUUUGGGAGUCUCCCCUGGCGGGAACCUCGACUGCGCCAAUCAAAGACCAUUUACUCAGUAG